AUGGCCCUGCAAAGUGUUUGUCUCUCUCUUGUGUCUGAAUCGGUUGCAGUGAUUGUCACUAAAUAUACGUUCGUCUCAAUACAUACUCUACGUGAGAAGAUAUCAACUGAAGAGAUCAUGGAAUUGAUUGCGAGUAAAAUAAUCCGUUAUCUGGCAGUGAUUGCUGUGGCGCUGAUGGCUGGCAAGACAUUUGCCCGAAGCGACACCGCGUCCACCAAACCUACCACUUAUAGCCCCUACAGUUCACUCAUGUAUUCGCCGUACUCUUCGAUGAUGUCGUCCAUGUAUUCGCCGUACUCGCCAUCGAUGGCCGCCUCAAUGGUAAUGCCCUAUUACUCCAGCGCUUACCCGUACGCCCCGUCGGCCGCCGCCGCCACGGGUUACGGCCACUCAUCCAGUUAUCAUCCCUCACAAUACAUGAUGGCCGCCAGUUAUCCGCACUCGGCGUACGUCCCGAUGCCGUACGGUUACGGAGGCUACAGCUCAGGCGCAGGCGGUUACGGCUCCGGUGGUUAUGGAUCCGCUUAUUCGCCAGUUUCUAGUUAUUACGGAUAAUCGUUUUGCAUCUGCUUUGACAUUCAAUUUGUUUCUCAAACAAAACCCAUAACUUAUUACUUAUAAUCUUAAGUUAAUUUAAAUACAAUAUAAUCGACAAUCAAUUACACCAAAAAUGGGACUCAAUUCGCGACUUAUGGCUCAUUAUUUACCCGUAAUUUCAUUCAAAAUCAAUAAUACAUUUCUUCAAACAAAAUAUAC